UGCCGAAGAUGCGAAAAAAAAUCAAAUUCAGUGAUAAAGCAAAAUUCGUGCGCGUUGGUUCACCUACACUUCGUGUCCCCAGAGAAAGCGCUCGCCGUCUCGCUCUCUCCGGCUAAGCGCGACUCGGGAACUCUCUGCCCUUCGCACUCGGAUCGCCGUGCUCAGCUCAGCAAAUAUUCGAAGCUGCAGAACCGAGUCAAAACAAUUGAAGUGGAAUUCUCGCGGCACAAUUUGAUAUUAGAUAAAUGAAAUAAUUCACGCCGCUGGCACUUUGAACGUGUAAUCAGGUCACAGGAAUUUCAACGGGGCCAUUUUGAUAGUAAUAAUAGAAAUUCAUAAUCGCCGUGGUGUCCUCGCAAUGCAACUAAUUGGAUUUAUAGUGAAUUUGGCAGCCCUAACAGCUGUCGCCUGGGCCAAUCACCAUGAGAGUCUGUCCCUCAGUCCGGCGGAGCACAGCGUGGUGCGCUAUACAAACGAGUCCCUCAUCGUCCAGUGCCGGAGUCCGGAUCCGAAAGUGGUGCUGCACUGGAAAUCGCCAAAAGGCGAAAUUAUACGCGAGCACAAAGGACGCAUUCACAUUGAGCAAACAUCGGCAGAACAAUUGAAAAUCGUUUUCGCCCACAUCGCCCUGGCCGACAAGGGCAAUUGGUCCUGCGAAGCUGCUGAUGGAAGUCUGCAUAGUAAAUCCUUCGAUUUGAUUGUGUACCAGAAAAUUACAUUCACGGAAAACGCCACCGUGAUGACGGUCAAGGAGGGCGAGAAGGCCACCAUCCUGUGCGAGGUGAAGGGCGAGCCCCAGCCGAAUGUCACCUGGCACUUCAAUGGACAGCCCAUCAGCGCCGGCGCGGCCGACGACUCCAAGUUCCGCAUCCUGGCCGAUGGUUUGCUCAUCAACAAGGUAACACAGAAUGACACCGGCGAGUACGCGUGCCGGGCAUACCAAGUCAACUCGAUUGCUUCCGAUAUGCAGGAGCGCACAGUUUUGAUGAAAAUCGAACACAAGCCCACUUGGUCGAAGACGCCCUUUGUGAGUCUUAAGUACGCCUACAUCAAUGGCACCGCCACCCUCAUGUGCGAGGCUCUGGCGGAGCCGCCUGCCAACUUCACCUGGUACCGCAAACACAACAAGCUGUACAGCAACAACAGGACCUACACCAUCGAGACGGACGCCUACUGGUCCCGCCUCACCAUCCACGUGCUGAACGCCAGCGCCUUCGAAAAUUACAGGUGUCGUGCCAAGAACGACCUGGGCGUCAUCGAGAGGACCACGCGACUGGAGCAGGGCGACAAGCCGCCUGCUCCGACCAACUUCGAGCUGCGCGGCUUCAACUCGAACACCUUCGACGUGGUCCUAAGUGCUCCUCGGGGGCCGCCGGACAGUCCCAUGGGGGUCAACGGAUUCCGCAUCGAGUACAUGACCGAAAUGGAGUUCAAGUCGGAGGUGGGCAAGUGGACCAAUGCCAGGCGGAAGGACUAUCCCUUCGAAGAGGGUGCAACAUUCCUUCUAACGAAUUUGGAGCCAGAUACUAACUACCUGGUUCGAGCCGCAUCUCGUAACCUGGCCGGCUUCAGUGACUUCACCAGGGUGGAGAAGUACAAGACACUGUCCCUGGAGCCCCGCGCCUCUUCGGGGAUCGUCCGGCCCACGUCCAUCCUCCUGGGUCUUCUAACACUUAUAAGUCUUAUGCGGCCGAACCUAGGAUGAAUCUGAUUCUGCAGGCGGAUGAAGGAUGACGGGUGAUGCUCCUAGCGGAACCGGAAACCAGGCCCUUAACCCCCAUGUGCUUUGUAUAGCUUUAAGCCGUGUCCACGGGGACACUCUUCUGUCUGAUUUGCUCGGUCUAAGAAAUGGGUUAACUCUUAAGUUCAGUGCGUUAAAAUAACCCGAAAGGUUAAGGUUAAGUUUAGUGAGAGUUUCUUUUUAGCUUUGAAUGCUUCGAUUUGAAAGAUAUUUAUGGAGAACUUAUAGGAAAACGUAUAUUAUAUUUAAACAAAUCCUCAUAGCGGUUAAAGAAAAUCAAUGGCUCCCCAAAACGAUGCAAAUCUAAAGCUUUGCUCAACUUUCCUCUCGUGAGAAAUUUAAAUUAAACUAGUAAACAUUUUAACACGUAUUGGAAGAUUUCCUGCCGAGCUUAAGCCUUGCAACUUAAACGAAAUUUUGUUGCCAAAUCUUAAAGAUAUAUUCACAAAGUUGCCAAAGCUUAGAAAAAUGAAUAUGAAUUAUUUUACUCUGCAAGAGUUAAAUACAUACACAUAUUCCUUCCCUUAUUCGAUGUCCAUUUUCAUCUAAAGCCUCGAGUAAGGCAUCAAACGCAUCAAACAAUAAAUAACAAUUUGAAAGAGCUUAACAGGAGCAUUUGAAAUUUUUAUAUGAAACGUAAUCUUUUUGAUAGUCCGAAGCCAAAAUAAACAUUUCCUCGUGUAAAUUUUCAGGGCUUAAAUAAACGAUACAACUCGUACGUAACAGUAAGAACAACCUUUUUGCCACAAAACAGAGGCAAGCGACCGUUGCCAAAACUACACCAAAAUAUAUAUUUUACGUAAAUAGUUUAUGCCCAAUGAAAUAAAAUAUAUUUCCUCUAUUAAGUGGUGUAAAAUGUAAGCCAUAAGUCCUAGCCAAAGAUUAAAUAUUCUGUGGUUUUCGUUUGCCAAUUGUGUGUGAGCAAAAAAUAAAAGUUAAUCUGAAUACCAAACCAACAA